AUGGGUGCAAUACCUUUUGCGCUUGACAAUCACCACCCAGAAUUUUUAGAAACGUUAGUGAUGCCAAAGCUUCCAAGAAAAGCCUAUGACACAGAAAGCUCUCUUUCAGAGAAGGUGUCCAACAUUCAUUACAUGACUAUUGCCAGGAUUGAUGAAGAACACCGCUCCCCACCCCCAUAUCUUCAUGGCUGGAUUCAGACACUGAUAUUUCUCAGGCUCAAAUACACCGUCAUUCUAGGCAGCUACAGCAUCACCACUUUAAAGGACAGAGACUGGAAGAAGUCCUGCCAGUUGGCUGCUAGUGAGGGGGGCGCGCUCAUGGCGCUGCUGGUCGCCGCCACCGUGGUGGGCAACGCGCUGGUGCUGCUCGCCUUCGCCGCCGACUCCAGCCUGCGCUCGCAGAACAACUGCUUCCUGCUCAACCUGGCCCUCUCCGACCUCUGCGUGGGUGCCUUCUGCAUCCCCUUCUACGUGCCCUAUGUGCUGACGGGGAGGUGGACCUUCGGGAAAACCUUCUGCAAGCUCUGGCUGGUCACCGAUUAUCUGCUCUGCACCUCCUCGGUCUUCAACAUUGUCCUGAUUAGCUAUGACAGAUUCCUCUCCGUGACAAGAGCGGUCACAUACCGAGCCCAGCAAGGCAAUACGAAGCAAGCGGUGCUGAAGAUGGUGAUGGUGUGGGUGUUAGCCUUCCUGCUUUACGGACCUGCAAUUAUCAGCUGGGAAUACAUCACAGGCCAGAGUAACAUCCCGGACGGGGAAUGCUAUGCUGAGUUUUUCUACAACUGGUAUUUCCUCAUGACAGCCUCCAUCCUGGAGUUCUUCACGCCCUUCAUCAGCGUCAUGUUUUUCAACCUGAGCAUCUACAUGAACAUUCAGAGACGCACCAAAAUGCGCCUGGAUCUCUUUCAGGAAGUGCACAGCCAGCCCUUCACAGAAGGGAUGGAAACGAGCCCAGAAGCAAAGCUGUCUUUGAAAUGCUGCAAGUGGGAGCAGAAGGAGCCAGCCGAGUCCCCAGACCUUCCAAAAUGCGACAUGCCGCAAGCAGCUGCUGAGGCCAGCCCGAGCCCCAGAGAUGCACUGAACGCAGGCUCGAAGAGCCCUGGGAAGCCAAAGACCUUCAGCAGAAAGAACUGGAAAAACUCAGCCUCUACCCUGUCUUUAGAGAAACGGAUGCAGACGGUCUCCCAGGGCAUCACGCAGCGGUUCAGGCUCUCCAGGGACAAGAAAGUGGCAAAAUCCCUAGCAGUUCUUGUAGGCAUUUUUGGGAUUUGCUGGGCACCAUACACCCUCCUCAUGAUCAUCCGAGCUGCUUGCCAUGGCCACUGCAUCCCUGACUACUGGUACGAGGCCUCCUUCUGGCUCCUGUGGAUCAACUCUGCCGUCAACCCCGUGCUCUACCCCCUCUGCCACUACAGCUUCAGAAGAGCGUUCAUCAAACUCCUGUGCCCCAAGAAGCUCCAGAUCCAACCGCGCAACUCCCUCCAGCACUGCUGGAAGUGAGUUGAUUCUCCCAAUUCAGUCACUCCCGUGGACGAGUUUGCUGCAACUCGGGAUGCUGGAAGAGCAGAGCGGUCGCUCUUUCGGGGAGCAGGUAGCAGCAUAUUUAGUAUUAGCUUCUUAUGUGCUAUUGAUGGGGUCAAAAAUUGGGAGACGGGCAGGGUUCACUUAAUGCAGUGCCACUUAGCUAUGUCCUUUAUCACACACGUGUACAAAAGGUCGCUCGUGCCAAAGUGGGGAUGCCGUUUAUUGAAAAAAGAAAAGCCCAAUGUCAGUCUCAUCUAGCCCCCUUUAAUGAAUACACAGCUUAGCCACUGGCAAGCUAGAUAUUGCUUGGGAAUGCAAGGUUCCCCACUUACAGGUACACGUGGGCAAGAUUGAGCAAAUGUCUCAAACAUUUCCUUUGCGGGGGGAAAAAAAAACAACCUUAUUCAUUACAAACUAUUGGUGCUGCAGUAGUAUCUAAGACGAGAGUCGUAGCCCAAGACUCUGCUGCUGUGCUGUACACAACAACGGACAGUUGUCAGUCCCAGAGAGCUAAUAACCUAAGCAUCAGAUAAGGGAAGAUAAGGGGAGAAUACCGAGCAGCAUGAAAAGCAGGGACCAGGGUGCACCAGCUGACUGUCAUAAGCUAUCCAUGUGUGUCUGUAACUGUGAUUUCCUGUUAUUAGAGUAGAUAAACCCCUCUGGUCAGGAGAUGCCAAGGAUGCUCUAUGCCCAUGUUACAUACCUGCGAGCAGAAGCUUUAAGCCUUUUUCAAAGGUUUUGUUGUAUUCGAGGAGGGGUUUUCACGGCUUGUCCAAGGGCCUGCGUUAGAAGCUGAGCGCUGUAAUUCAGGGCUGUUUAACCAUCAGCAGCCGUAGUCCAUGCUAGAGGGAACCACGCGCCAGGCAGAGCGAGAGAGGUGGAGGCAGCAGGGUGGAAACCCAGGGGCCACUUGUUAACUCCUCGCAGGCCACAUGCAGCCCACGGGCUACCAGUUGGACAGCUCUGCUUCCCAAAUCACCAGAUCUCCAGGAUUUCCA